AUCCCAGCGUGUCCCGCGGCCACAGCAUCUUCCAGUUCCGCGGGGCGGAAGGUAUCUCGGAACUACAACUCCCGGCGUGCCUCGCGGUCGCCACCGCUUCCCGUUCAGGCGAGAUGGAGGCGGCGGCGGGCGACGGGCGGUUCACGGCCGCGGUGUACGGGAUGAUCGGCAGCGGGCGCUUCGCCGAGGCGGUGUCGCUGCUGAGCCGCGAGCUGCAGAAGAGCUGCCGCUCCCGGGGCGGGCUGUCCCUGCUGGGCUACUGCCACUACCAGCUGCAGGAGUUCACGGCGGCGGCCGAGUGCUACGAGCAGCUGCUGGCGCUGCCCUCCGCCCCUGACGCCUACCGGCUGUACCAGGCGCAGGCGCUCUACAAGGCCGGGCUCUACAACGAGGCCCUGCGGGCCGCCAGCCCGCUCCUCGACCUGCCCGCCUUCCAGGACCGCGCCCUGCGCCUCCAGGCUGCCGUCCACUACGCCCAGGGCGACCUCCCGGCCGCCAAGAGCCUAGUGGAGGAGGCGCUGGCCGCCCCCGCCGACGGCGGCCCCGCAGCAGCCAGGGACCCCUCAGAGCGGGCCGAGGCCGAGAUCAACCUGGGCUGCCUGCUCUACCGGCAGGGCCGGCAUGAAGAGGCCAGCAGCAAGUUUGCCAGCGCCAUGCAGGUGUUGGGGUACUGCCCCGUGCUGUCCUACAACAUGGCACUGUGCUGCUACGCGGCCAAGCAGUACGCCCCUGCCCUCAAGCAUGUCUCCGAUAUCAUAGAGCGUGGCAUCCACCAGCACCCUGAGCUCCGUGUGGGCAUGACCACUGACGGCAUCGAUGUCCGCAGCGUAGGCAACACUCUGCUCCUGCACCGCACGGCCCUGGUCGAGGCCUUCAACCUCAAGGCAGCCAUUGAGUACCAGUUGCGCAACCUGAAAGCAGCUCAGGAGGCGCUCACGGGUAUGCCACCCAGGGCCGAAGAGGAGUUGGAUCCAGUCACGCUGCACAACCAAGCGUUAAUGAACAUGGACAGCCAGCCCACUGAAGGGUUUGAGAAGUUGCAGUUUCUUCUGCUGCAGAACCCCUGUCCGCCAGAAACUUUCGGAAACUUGCUGCUCCUCUAUUGCAAGUAUCAGUACUAUGACCUGGCAGCUGAUGUGCUGGCAGAGAAUGCCCAUCUGACCUACAAGCUGCUUACACCUUACCUGUACAACUUCUUGGAUGCCAUUAUUACUUGUCAAACUGCCCCUGAGGAGGCUUUCCACAAGCUGGACGAUUUAGCAGGGACACUGGCUGAGCAGCUGAGGAAACUCAUGAAGCAGAUACAAGAAGCUAGGCAAAAUUGGGACGAAGAAGGUGUAAAAAAGGCAGCUAAUGAGUGUGAUGAGACUCUGGAUAAAUAUGUACCUGUUUUGAUGGCCCAGGCAAAGAUCUAUUGGGACAUGAAGAACUACACAAUGGUAGAAAAGAUUUUACGCAAAUCAGUGGACUUGUGUAACGAACACGAAGUGUGGAAGCUCAAUGUGGCUCAUGUGCUUUUCAUGCAGGAGAACAAGUUUAAAGAGGCUAUUAGCUUCUAUGAGGCAAUAGUUAAAAAGCACUAUGACAACAUUCUCCAUGUCAGUGCCAUUGUGUUAGCAAACCUCUGCGUUUCCUACGUCCUGACAAGCCAGAAUGAAGAUGCAGAGGAACUGAUGAGGAAGAUUGAGAAGGAAGAAGAGCAGCUAUCCUGUGAUAAUCCUGAUAAAAAUAUCUACCAUCUUUGCAUUGUCAAUCUAGUCAUUGGUACCCUCUACUGCGUGAAGGGAAACUAUGAGUUUGGUAUUUCAAGGGUCAUAAAAAGCCUGGAGCCAUAUAACAAAAAACUGAGCACUGAUACAUGGUAUUACGCCAAGCGAUGUUUCCUGUCCUUGCUGGAGAACAUGUCCAAGCACAUGAUCGUGCUAUGUGACAGUGUUAUUCAAGAGUGCAUUCAGUUUCUGAAGCAAUGUGAACUGUAUGGAAGAAACAUCCCAGCUGUCAUUGAGCAACCUCUUGAAGAGAAAAGGAUGCACAGUGGGAAAAACACAGUUACCUACGAAGCCAGGAUUUUGAGGGCACUGAUGCAUAGGAUCAUUGGAUGGACUGCAUAAACCGUGUUCCCACACAGUAGAAAUGAGAAUUUUCUGUCUAUUCUUUUCGUACACUGGUGAGCUGAUGCUCGCCCUGGCAGUCAGUAGUGGUAUCGGUCUUUCCCGACUGCUUGCCUUUAAAGGUUUUUGUCCUGUGUUUUAGCAACGUUCAGUGGAAAAUAAAAUAUGCACCAAAUAACUAGGGGCAUUCACAGUAAUCAUCUGUCACGUUAAAUGUGCUUUAAGAUAUGUUGACCAAGUUCUUCAUUGCAGAAAUAUCAUAGUUUUCACCUAUAAAUUUUAUCAUUCUGAAAUUUCGAUCAAGUUUCUUUUCAUUGGGUGACAGUUGAAAAUAAUCUGUUAUCCAUCACUUCUAGCACAUAAAUUGAAGAAACAGAAUUGUUUUAAUUCUCUCAUUUGUGUCUGUGUGUGAGUUGUUUCUUCUGCUUUUUCCAAGGUGUCUGUAAUGUGUUACAGAGGAUGUUGAUUCAAACACAAAAAAUAGCUUUAUAAUAAAAAAGCAGUCUUAGAAA